AGUUGUUAAGUUCCGAGUAUAGGACGCAUGCGCUGUGGAGCAGGAAGCAGCGUAUUAGCACUCAGACCAAUACCAGAGGAGUUUAGAGGCGCGCAUUUUCAAAUUGAGAUCGUUCUAACGCUUUUUCUGAACGCAACCCUUGACUGCAACAUGUACCGACGGUUUCGUUUCAUCUUUCUGUUUGCGCUGCUUAUAGACACAGUCUCUCUGUAUCAUGUAGUCGAAAGCACCGAAGGAAGCUCUGUCGUCUUAAAGUGCGGUCACAGACGUGUUGUGCUUGAAGAACAGCUUCUGACAGUCCACUGGAGACACAACGACAUCAGGAACGUAUACGAUAUCAUCCAUGGAGAAGUUUCUGUAAAAGAACAAGACCCUGCAUACAAGAACAGAGCAGAAGUUUUACCUGAGGAGCUUAAGAAGGGCCACGUCUCUCUCAAACUCACCGAUCUUCAGCUCUCUGAUGGAGGAACGUAUCUCUGUUUUGUUCCAGCUUUGGGAAUUGAUCACAGCACACAACUGGUGGUCAAAGAACAACCAUUACCCAAAUAUGCAGCAGUUCAAAUAAGAAGCCAUGGUACAGGAACGAGACUGGGAAAGAUUUUGCACCUCCUAAUACCUUUAUCCGGACUCAUUUUGCACUUUAUUUGAACAGGCCUUUCUGGACAUUCUUAGUGUCACUGAAGCAAAGAGCACGCUACAGCUUGUUAUCUAGAUCAGGAUGAAUAUGGCACUAUUCAGUCUGGAGUGGCACCAAUUUUUACGUUUAACAUUUUAUGUUGCACUACUUUUAUAUAAUACUUUUACACUGUACACUGGAGUGUAUGAAUUCAAAUUACUAAUAAAAAAAUCUUAAUGGAACAAUUUAUAAGAAACAUAUGAAUGAACAGUUUU